AUGACGACGCCUGCAAUUAGAAUCCCUUUCACGGGCCCAUUACCGCCGGCCAUUAUAGUCCCGCCCUCAGCUACCACAAUUGCAGGAGCGAUCGACGCUGUGAGCGCCUUCUUUGCCGCGUCACCGUCCCCAAAUUUACGCGGCAUCGAUGUCGGGAGGCACUCUCAAACAGUCCUACUGACGGGCGCAGGGAUUUCUGUCGCGUCCGGUCUGUCUGACUAUCGGGGGGAACAAGGGACCUAUCGACGAAACAAAUCAUAUCGGCCUAUCUACUUCCACGAAUUCGUGUCACGUCAUGAAUCACGCAAGCGAUAUUGGGCGCGUAGCUUUGUCGGAUGGCCUGGCCUGGUGAAAGCUCGAGCAAACUCUACCCACUGGGCUAUUCGAGACCUCGGCACCAAGGGAUAUAUUAGCUCUGUCGUGACGCAGAAUGUCGACUCGUUCCAUUCUCUCGCUCACCCAGAAUUACCGACCCUCGAAUUACACGGAUACCUACGAUCCGUUGUCUGCACAAGCUGUCACAAUCAGUUCUCUCGAGAAGAGUUCCAGUCAUCAUUAAGAAAGCUCAAUCCGGCAUGGACUGAUUUCUUGGAUCGCAUGGUGAAGGCUGGAGCCCUCGACACUCACAACCCGGACGAGCAACGUCGUAAAGGCUUGAAAUUGAAUCCAGAUGGUGAUGUCGACUUGGCAGAAGCGCCGUACUCAACGUUCCGAUACCCAUCCUGUCCGACCUGCUUGGAAAAACCUCCCACCCUGAAAGAUGGUUCGAGGGCUCAGGUAGAGGUUGAACGUGAUGGUGCAUGGAUGCCAACAUCAACCGCCGGUAUCUUAAAACCCGCAGUGGUCAUGUUUGGCGAGAAUAUUGAUCCAACGGUCAAGUCGGCGGCUGAAGAGGCGAUCGACGAUGCUGGACGUUUACUUGUCUUGGGCAGCAGUCUGGCCACCUACUCCGCCUGGCGCUUAGUUGAACGAGCACACAAGCGAGGCAUGCCAAUCGGCAUUAUAAAUGUCGGAGGAGUACGGAACGAGUCUCAUCUCUUUGGAAACCUGGACUUUGACCCGACUCCUCGUGUCAGGUGUAGCCAUCCUGCGCAGUUGAUUCUUCCCACUGUUGUAUCGAAGCUGCCGAUGAACUCCUAA